AUGGGUAUGGAACCAAGAAUAAUUGUCACCGAUCAAGAUCCAGCUAUGAAAGUGGCGAUUCCAACAGUUUUCAAGCAAGCCAGGCAUCGUUAUUGCAUGUGGCACAUCAUGUGUAAAGUUGGGGAAAAGGUGGGUCCUACGCUGAACAAGGAUGAGGAAUUCAGGAACAAACUGAACUCAAUCGUUUGGACGUCAUCUUUGGAACCUCCUGAUUUUGAGAAGCAGUGGACAGAGCUCAUGGAAAAGACAACUUCUCGUUCCGAAAGUGAGAACUACACGAACAACCGUUUUACUGGUCCCCAAUCAAGCCUAGUUGAAUUCAUGAUGAACUUUGACAGUGCUCUUAAAUCACAACGUAACACAAAUGCAAAGCUCAACAGUGACAAUGAAGGCUACAAUCCAGAUAUGAAGACGCCUCUGGGGAUUGAAAAGCACGCUUCAAUCGUCUACACCAUUACUGUUUUCUAUCAAGUUCAGGAAGAAAUAUGUGCCUCCUGUUUCAAAUGUAUGGUGUUGAGUGUUAGAGAAGACGGUGGAAUGUUGCACUAUGAUAUGAUGGAUGGAAAGAACAAAAGAUUUACUGUGGUGCACAAUGUAAAUGACCAUGAGGCCAAAUGCAGUUGCAAGAUGUUUGAGAUGGUUGGACUGUUGUGUAGACACAUAUUUGUGGUCUUUAGAGACCUUGAAAGGAUCCCUCUGAAGUACGUGGUUAAUCGGUGGACUAAUGAUGCAUCUUUAAAAGCUACAUUUGAAAUAGAUGGUGUCAUUUAUGAUCAGAAUGGACCAAAGGAUGAAAAGAAGAUGUUGUUGAACAAAGUGUGGUCUGAUAUACACUGUUGUAUGGAUCUGGCAGGUUCAAACAUGGAGCAAUUGACUGCAUUUUCCCAAGUGAUUAAUGAACAGAAACAGCUGCUACUGUUAGGAAAGGAGAAAUUGUCCCCUCAGCACAGCAGGAGGACUGUUAUAGAAUCAUAUUGGGGAUCAACAGAAAUUUCAGAGAUCAACAUACUUCCACCGAAACAUGCAAAGAACAAGGGCAGCGACAAGCGUAUCAAAAGCAGCAAGGAGUUGGCAAUGGAAAAACAAGAGGGCAGGAAGUGCAAUUUUUGUGGUGUUAGAGGAGAUCACCAUGACACCAGGACUUGCCCACUUAACCCCAAAAAUAAGGACAAGCAAAAGGGUAAGAAAAAGGCAUAG